AGCGGAGUGAUGACGCAACAACCCGGAAGUGUCUGGAGCCCCUGGAAGUGGUAGCGGCAGAGAUGGACGAUACACUCUUCCAGCUGAAGUUCACAGCAAAGCAGCUGGAGAAGCUAGCCAAGAAGGCCGAGAAGGACUCGAAGACUGAGCAAGCCAAAGUCAAGAAGGCCCUUCAGCAGAAGAACGUAGAAUGUGCUCGUGUCUAUGCAGAGAAUGCAAUCCGGAAGAAGAACGAAGGUUUAAACUGGCUUCGGAUGGCUUCCCGAGUGGAUGCAGUGGUCUCCAAGGUGCAGACGGCAGUGACCAUGAAGGGGGUGACUAAAAAUAUGGCUCAGGUGACCAAGGCCUUGGACAAAGCUCUGAGCUCCAUGGACCUGCAGAAGGUCUCGGCGGUGAUGGAUAAAUUUGAGCACCAGGUUCAGAACUUGGAUGUUCACACCUCGGUGAUGGAGGACUCCAUGAGCUCUGCUACCACCCUGACCACGCCGCAGGAGCAGGUGGACAGCCUCAUCGUGCAGAUUGCUGAGGAGAAUGGCUUGGAGAUCAUGGACCAACUCAAUCAGCUCCCCGAGGGGGCUUCGGCAGUGGGGGAGAGCUCCGUCCGCACCCAGGAAGACCAGCUGUCCCGAAGAUUGGCUGCCUUGCGGAAUUAAAGUCUCCCAUUGUUCUGGAUGAUCACUGUUCCCCUACUGAUUGUGCAUCGAGUGGGGAGAUGGGGGAGACCCCCCCCAAAGCUCCCACUCCAUCCCUGCUCUGGCCUUCUGCUAGCAAAACCAGAACCAGCAAGCCACUCCUUCAGCAGCCUGCUCUUCUGCGGUGGACUCUUUGGUCUUUUUCUAUGAUGACUACUUCCUGAAGAGGCAGCAGGAAGAGAUGUUGGAGGGAGGUUUGCCGAAUGAGCGUGAUCUUGCUCUGGGCUUUGGCGGCAGAGUGUUCAGGGCUCUUGUCUUUAAAGCAGCGCUACCACUCCCUCUCUGCAUCCUGGGCCUCUAGGGGGAGUGAUUCUAACACUAAAUGGAGAUCUUGUUGAAAGGGGAAGUGCAUGUUCUGAUGGGACACUGGGUGCCUGACCAUCUCCGGAUGGCUGUAUCUCUAGCAAAUGUGUAGUGCAUCUUUCUCUCCACAGCCUGUACAUUGGCUCUCUUAGCCACAGUGGGCUUUGCUGUGGGCGACCCUCUACUAACAGCUUGCAGCAGGUAGUGCCAUGAAUCCUUCCCAUUUCCAUCCAAGCCCCUUUCUUCCCCACUGCAUGUUGUAGCUGGGGGGAGGGGUGCCCGCCCGGGGCGUACAUGCACAUUGGUAGUGUUUCAUGGGUGAGGCAGCUGCCUUGGAUGAAAGGCACAAAUCUAUGUAGUGGCAUCUCUUACUCUAAUGUCUAUAUUCCCAGUUAUCUGCUAGUCCCUGGUGCAGCACCCGUAGCAUUGAGACGAUAGGGACCCUAGUGUGAUGCCCAGCAUGCAGGGAUCUCGCUUUGCCAACUUAGCCCUGGCACUGCUUGUCACGUUGCCCGCACUGGAUUUUCUCACCGUUAAGUGACCUUUGAGAAGUUUGUCUCCACA